AUGAUCCUCCGCAUCCGCAGCCGCGACGGCACUGACCGCAUCACGGUGCCGGACGCGGCCGCCGCCACCGUCGGCGACCUGCAGCGCCUCAUCGAGGCGCGCGCCACCGUGCCCGUCGCCGCCCAGCGCCUCUCCCUCGACCCGGCGCUGCUCCUCCCCGCCCCGCAGCCGCCGCUCCUCUCCGACCCGGCCGCGCCGCUCGCCUCCCUGCCCCUCGCCAACGGCUCCUUCGUCUACCUCUCGUACCCGCCCGGCGCGCGCUCCGCCCAGCCGCCGGCGCCCCGGGCCCUCACCGCCGCCGGCUCCUUCGGCAAGAAGAUGACCAUGGACGACCUCAUCGCGCGCCAGAUCCGGGUCACCCGCCAGGAGGCGCCCUUCUGCUCCGCGGCCUCCUUCGACCGCGACUCGGCCAACGCCUUCCAGCUCCACGUCUCCGAGUCGCUCGCCUUCGCCGUCAAGCGCGCGGGCUUCCUCUACGGCCGCGUCGACGCCGAGACCAAGGAGGUGCUGGUCGACUUCAUCUACGAGCCGCCGCAGCAGGGGUCCUCGGACGUGGUCCACCUGAUGCGGGACGCCGACGAGGAGGCCCGCGUCGACGCCAUCGCCGACGGGCUCGGCAUGCGCCGGGUAGGGUUCGUCUUCACACAGGCAGUAGGGAGGAAGGCCAGCGAGACGGGCGAGUACACCCUGUCCAACAGCGAGGUGGUCCAGGCCGCCCAGCUGCAGGCAGAGGGCGGGAUCCCGGAGUGGGUCACCGCCGUGGUGAAGCUGGAGGUGGGGGAGGAUGGCUCGGCGGACGUGCACUUCGAGGCGUUCCAGAUGAGCGAGGUCUGCGUCAAGCUGUUCAAGGACGGCGUGCUGGAGACGGAGAUCCAGGACUCCGACGACCCCCGCCUGUCCAAGAUGCGCAAGGAGGUGAUUGCAGGAGGGAAAGACACCAUGGAGGUGGACAACGACUUCUUCCUGGUGCCCGUGAAGAUCUCCGAUCACCAGGGCCCGCUCUCAAUGGGAUUUCCGAUUGAAAACCGUGGAAUUCCUCUACCGGCGAACGCUCUCAGGAGCCACAUGGAUCGUGCAAAGCAUCUCCCGUUCGUCAAGCGGAUCUCUGAUUUCCACCUGCUUCUCCAGAUCGCUGCUUUCCUGGAUGUCAAGGCCGACGUUCCUACUCUGGCUGCGUGCGUGGGACACCAGGCAGAGGUGCCAGAGGGCUACCGGCUCCUGAUCGACGCCUUGGCAGGUCAAACAUAA